AUCUCUUUUUGUAAAGAAAGACACAAACUUCUAAAAUAUGCCAUAGAAAAAUGAAUGCAGAAUUUUGAUAUCUCAAUAUUGCAUGUUGAUUUAUCGAUGGUGAUGGUGAGAUGGCAUCUGAAUUUAGUCAGUUUCCACAUUAUCCUUCAAGUCUCACGCACAAAUGUUUUCCAGUUCGCAGUAUACGAAAGAGUAACCAAGAUGAAGGAGGUGCUUGGGUUGUAGAAUUAAAAGCAGAGAAAAAAAGGCAGUUGGAAGCUUUAACGAAGAGGAAAAAAUAUAGAGAAAAACAAUUUAAUACAUACAGAGAUGUCACAAAAUUUACAUGUUCUUAUCUUAUAAAGCAAUUUUGUGUUGACAAACCAUCAGAUUUAUGUUGUGUUAACAUAAGUGGUAAAGAUUUACACCCAGAAAAAAGUGAAGAUUUCUCCACUUUUGAAAAUAUUGUGAAUGUUGACGCAAGUGACAAUCAGUUGUCAUUAGAAACAUUUCGAAGUUUUCCAAAGCUAGAAGAAUUACAACUACAAGUGAAUAGCAUAUCAUGCAUUCAUACCACCCACAAUGACUUUCCAUUGUUGUGUUCACUAAACUUGUCUUACAAUGCAGUAAAUGAGAAAUCUCUUCUGAAUCUAGGAAAACUAAGAAAUCUUCAAAAGCUGUAUUUGCAAGGAUGUGAAUUAUCCCAUUUGCCACCAGAGCUUGGUCGUGGUUAUCAAAUAUCAGAAAAUGACACAGAUGAAAAGAAAGAAAAGUGUGAAAACAAAACGCGAUUUCCAAAACUGACACAUUUAAAUCUUUCAGAGAAUGGACUUACUGAUAUUACAACCUUUGCUAGUGUGGCUGGAUUACAGAAGCUGGAGUCUUUGGAUUUAUCUCACAAUAAAAUAACUGGUGUUCCUCAUUUGCGUUUGAUGGUGACACACCGUCACUUUAGUUUGUCAACGUGUCAUGCAGAAUCUGUCCCACGAAUUAAUCAUGUUGUUAGUGCUGAUUCGAAAAAAAGUUCAUUAUCCCCUAAGACAUCUCUACCAGAAAAAGUAACUAAAGCAGUACCUUUAAAAUUUGGUACCGCUCGAAAAAAAAAGAAAACUAAAGUUGUAUCAGAGCUCGAUCAUUUUAAUGAUCACCCAAUGUCAGUAUCAGAUCAGUUAUCAACAUCUGAUCCUGUAACUCCCAGUCUUGUGUCAACACCUGGUCCUGUGUCAGCAUCAUAUCAUGUAUCAUCACCUGAUAAUGUGUCAUUAUCUGAUCCACGGCCAUCUGAACCUGCCUCAUCUGACCCUGUGUCGCCUUCUGAUCAUGUGUCAACUUCUGAUAGUGUGUUAACAUCGGAUCCUAUCAAUGACAAGAUCAAUGUUUCUUUGGAAGAUGACAUAAGUCAAGCUAUUGACGAUGUACUGCUACCAGAUGACGACGAAAAUGAGACUGAUGAAUUAUUAAAUAUGAAUUUUGGUAACGAGUUCAAUUUCAGCUUAACAGGUGAUAUUACUGCUGAUAAUAUAUUCAACCAAAGGGACGAGGAAAAUCUUAAUUUAACUGUGGAGGACUUGAUAAACGAUGAAAUUAUGCGACCAUUUCCUUGCCUCGUAACAUUGGAUUUGUCAUGUAAUCAGAUUGCAGACGAAGAAUCAUUGCUUGCUUUAGCAUCAUGGCCUUGUCUUCAAGUAUUAAAAGUCUGGGGAAAUCCUUUGAUGACGUCAUUUAAGGGUACACCACCUGUACUUGCUCAUCACCUGCAAAAAAUGUGUGGAAUUACCAUUCACAGGAAAGCACCUAAGAAUGAUGAGACGCGUCAACCAAUAGCACCAUCGAUUGCAAAGACAGCGAAAUCAUAUCGUGUAAAGACAGACCUCCCGCCUAUCAAGAGAAACAAUCUCUUGAUGAUCGAAGCUGCCAUUACAGAUGCAAUUGAAAGUAAGAAACUUUCAGAAGGAAAGCUAGCUAAGGAGGAGCCAGACAGUAAGGAUAAAUUGGAUGAAGGUGAUGUGAAAGCAAGCGCUGACAUAGAGAAAGAAAAUGGUGGCAAUGAAAAUAUAUUUAUAACACAAGUUGAUGAAGUUGAACAAGAAAACGAAAAAGUUAAAACGCCAACGAAAAUGUGGGAAAAAACGAAUAAAAUUGACAGGAAAUAUCAAGGUUAUGAAUUACUACUAAAAGACGAUGAUUCAGUUGAUGGUACAGACGGAGAUGUCCCACUGCCAUCUACACUUCAAGGUUCGGUGCAUGCAUUGAAGCAUAUGCUUGACCAUCCAUUAGUGUUUAAAGAUGGCAGCUACAAUGAGAAUAGAAGAAAACAUCCUCAGCGGACAAAAAAACCAAGAAAAACAAAGAGUGCACCGCCUAAACAGCAUGUGGAUGAAGUGACAACCGCUUUAGAGAACAUUCGAGUACAACAAACAUCAUAUCAAGAUAACCUAGGUGAUGUAAUAGAACGAUACGAUAUCGACCCAGAAACACGACGACAAUUUCCUGAAGUUAAGAAAAUGAUGAAACGAGUACAACAUAAAUACGAUGAAGUUCGUUUCCAGUCUUUAAGACCAGUAUCAGCAUCCCAAGAUCAACAAGGAGGUCUGGGGACUCGUAGUGACCGUCCCACGCAAGAACUUAUCCUUUCCCGUAUGAAGCAUAGAAAAAUAGGUGAUAUGUGCUCAUCAUCAAAUGGAGGUUCCCCAAAAACGAAAUUCCGUGGCACGACGCCAGUUUACACGAAGUAGACUUUUCUUUUAAUGCGUUCUGUAUAUUAUCUCUUUGAUGUUAUUAUUUAUUUUUUAAACAUAUCAGGAUUUGUGAUUUAUUUUAAUACAUGUAUAUUUUUGAAUGACAAGUAAUAUAUAAAAUAUAAUUUUCCGUAAAACGAAA